UGACAAAGGCAGAUAUCCAAGCGCUUGGCUUUUCCCCUUGGACCGAGACAGGGAGAGGGCGCGCGAGCAGAGUUAAUUUCUAAGAUGAAGGCUUUCUUUGCAGGAAAAGCAGGUCUGGGGAUGGCUUUUUAAAGCUGCUCUGUUGGACUGAGGCUUUCUUCUCCUACCGGGUCCGCCCGUGGCUGUUUUCCUUCUCUUUUUCUGUCUCUCCCUGGCUUGUUCACGCGCUCGGCCUCUCUGAGAGUCUAGUGGACACGUAGUGCGUCUGACAGAAAAGACAUUGGGGGUAUCGUGUACCAAGGCAAGAAACUUUAUGUGCAUUUCUGGAAGAGGAACCCAGCAGCUAUGUGGUGGGGGGAAAUGCUGCCUUGUUAAACAGAAGACUUCUCUGAAGUGGGGAUCUCAGAGUUGGUACCUCGUGUGAGCCCCCACCCAAGACACCGAGGAGAGAUGGUCAUAAAAUGAGUUCCGGGGUGAGCUGCUGAGUCAGAGGUGGACACAAGGAGACAAAGCCAGCAACUGCAAGACCUCGAGGCUCCUCCUGGGCAGACGCAGCAAGAUGAGCUUAGAACAUGAGGAUAAGCGGGCUCGUACGCGAUCCAAGGCCCUCCGAGUGCCCCCAGAGCCCACAGGUGCCGACCUCAGCUGCCCCACCCCAGGGUGCACCGGCUCAGGACACAUCCGGGGCAAGUACUCCAGGCACCGCAGUUUGCAGAGCUGCCCUCUGGCCAAGAAGAGGAAGCUGGAGGGUGCCCAGCCAGAGCACCUGGUGUCCAAGCGGAAGUCCCACCCCCUGAAGCUGGCUCUGGACGAGGGCUACAGUGUGGACACCGACGGCAGUGAGGAUGCUGAGGUGAAGGACGCCUCUGUUUCGGAUGAAUCGGAAGGAACUCUGGAGGAGGACGAGGCUGAAAUGUCAGGACAGGAGGAGAUUCAUCGUCCUGAACCAGCUGAAGGAAGGAGCCCUGUCAAGCCCCACUUCGGAUCUAACCCCAUCAGCAGCCCCACGGGCCCCACCAAGGGCAGCUACAGCAGUUAUCAGGAGAUCAUCGCCACUUCUCUCCUAAAUUUGGGCCAGAUUGCCGUAGAGACGCUAGUUGGGGAGGAUUUGGGUCAGGUGGCCAAGCCGGGCCCCGGUGUUGUGCACCUGGUGCAGGAGGAGGCCGAAGAAGGGGCCACCAGUGAUGAGGGGGAGAAGGACGUGUUCAUCCGGCCAGAGGAUACAGAGGAAGUCAUGGAAGUCACCAGGGAACGCUCCCAGGAGCUGGGUCCCCAGUCUGGGGAGGGCAUGGUCAGCGAGGAGUCAAGCAAGAUGAAAGUCAACCUGGGUAAUGAGGAGGAGGAGGAGGAGGAAGAGGAGGAGGAGGAGGAGGAAGAGGAGGAGGAGGAAGAGGAGGAGGAGGAAGAGGAGGAGGAGGAAGAGGAGGAGGAGGAAGAAGAGGAGGAGGAAGAGGAGGAGGAGGAAGAAGAGGAGGAGGAGGAAGAGGAGGAGGAGGAAGAGGAGGAAGAAGUAGCCGCUCCCGAUGUGAUCUGUCAGGAGGAUGCCCCCCAUGCCCCCACCCAGAAGGCCCCGGAACCCCGGCACCCAGCAUCUCCCAGCCCCAAGCCCGAGUACUCUGUCAUCGUGGAGGUGCGCUCUGAUGAUGGCAAGGACGAAGACUCGCGCUCCCAGAAGUCUGCAGUCACUGAUGAGUCAGAGAUGUAUGACAUGAUGACACGUGGGAACCUGGGCCUCCUGGAGCAGGCCAUCGCCCUGAAGGCUGAGCAGGUGCAAGCCAUCUGCGAGCCAGGCUGCCCACCCACCGAGCAGGGCCAGCCGGGCCCUGGUGAACCGGGCAAGGUGGUGAGGCCUCUGGAUGCCGCACGGAAGAACUACUGCAGCAAAGAUCCCUCCAGAGCUGAGAAGCGCGAGAUCAAGUGUCCAACACCAGGCUGUGAUGGCACUGGCCAUGUGACAGGGUUGUACCCUCACCACCGCAGCCUAUCUGGUUGCCCCCACAAGGACAGGAUUCCCCCAGAGAUCUUGGCUAUGCACGAGAAUGUGCUCAAGUGCCCCACUCCUGGUUGUACAGGUCAAGGCCACGUGAACAGUAACCGCAACACGCACAGAAGUUUGUCCGGAUGCCCCAUUGCUGCUGCUGAAAAAUUAGCCAAAUCUCAUGAGAAGCAACAGCCGCAAGGGGGAGAUCCUUCCAAGAAUAGCUCCAAUUCAGAUCGGAUCCUCAGGCCCAUGUGCUUCGUGAAGCAGCUUGAAGUCCCUCCGUAUGGAAGCUACCGGCCCAGUGUGGCCCCUGCUACACCCAGGGCCAACCUGGCCAAGGAGCUGGAGAAGUUCUCCAAGGUCACCUUUGACUACGCAAGUUUUGACGCUCAGGUUUUUGGCAAACGCAUGCUUGCCCCAAAGAUUCAGACCAGCGAAACCUCACCUAAAGCCUUUAAAUCCAGACCUUUCCCAAAGGCCUCCUCCCCCAGGCGCAGCCCCAGCACUUCAUCCUCUUCUGCAGGCUUCGACUACACGCAUGAUGCUGAGGCUGCACACAUGGCCGCCACAGCCAUCCUGAACCUCUCCACGCGCUGCUGGGAAAUGCCUGAGAAUCUCAGCACGAAGCCACAGGACUUGCCCGGCAAGGCUGCGGACAUCGAGGUGGAUGAAAACGGAACCCUGGACCUGAGCAUGCGCAAACACCGUAAGCGGGACAGCGCCUUCCCCAGCAGCGGCAGCAGCGGCAGCAGCCCUGGCGUGAAGUCCCCUGAUGCUUCCCAGCGCCACAGCAGCACCAGUGCCCCAAGCGGCUCCAUGACCUCGCCCCCGUCCAGCCAGGCUUCCCGCCAGGACGAGUGGGAUCGACCUCUGGACUAUACCAAGCCCAGCCGCCAGCGAGAGGAGGAGCCUGAGGAGUCAGAGCCAGCAGCCCAUUCUUUUGCUUCUUCUGAAGCAGAUGACCAGGAAGUGUCGGAAGAGAGUUUUGAGGAGCGCAAGUACCCUGGGGAAGUCACCCUGGCCAACUUUAAGAUGAAGUUUCUCUCCAAGGACAUAAAGAAGGAGCUGCUCACCUGCCCCACCCCUGGCUGUGACGGCAGCGGCCACAUCACCGGGAACUAUGCCUCUCACCGCAGCCUCUCUGGUUGCCCUCUUGCUGACAAGAGCCUCAGAAACCUCAUGGCUGCCCAUUCUGCUGACCUCAAGUGCCCCACACCCGGCUGUGACGGCUCUGGCCACAUAACGGGGAACUACGCAUCACACCGGAGCUUGUCAGGCUGCCCUCGUGCCAAGAAAAGUGGAGCCAGGGUGACGCCCACAAAGGAUGACAAGGAAGAUCCUGAGCUGAUGAAGUGCCCUGUGCCAGGCUGUGUGGGGCUCGGUCACAUCAGCGGCAAAUAUGCUUCACACAGAAGUGCAUCUGGCUGCCCGCUGGCCGCUCGGAGGCAGAAAGAGGGUUCUCUUAAUGGCUCACCGUUCUCCUGGAAGUCACUGAAGAACGAGGGGCCCACCUGCCCCACUCCAGGCUGUGAUGGCUCCGGUCAUGCCAAUGGUAGCUUCCUCACCCACCGGAGCUUAUCUGGCUGUCCCAGAGCAACCUUUGCUGGAAAGAAGGGAAAAGUCUCAGGGGAUGAGGUUCUCAGCACGAAGUUCAAGACGAGUGAUGUUCUGGAGAACGAUGAAGAGAUCAAGCAGCUGAACCAGGAGAUCCGCGACCUGAACGAGUCCAACUCGGAGAUGGAGGCUGCCAUGGUACAGCUGCAGUCCCAGAUCUCCUCCAUGGAGAAGAGCCUGAAGAAUAUCGAAGAGGAGAACAAGCUCAUUGAGGAGCAGAAUGAAGCCCUGUUUCUGGAGCUGUCGGGCCUGAGCCAGGCCCUCAUCCAAAGUCUCGCCAACAUCCGCCUUCCGCACAUGGAGCCAAUAUGUGAGCAGAAUUUCGAUGCCUACGUGAGCACCCUCACUGACAUGUACUCCAACCAGGAGUGCUACCGGAACCCCGAGAACAAGGACCUCCUGGAGAGCAUCAAACGGGCUGUGAGGGGCAUCCAGGUCUAGACCCCGUCACUCCAGAGCCACCCCGCCAAUCCGGACAUCCGGGGCAGCCCGACUUGGCUCCCGCGCUUACCUCCCUUGCCCUGCCCCCGCAGCGGGGAGUCCCAACUCACAGUGACUUCCAGUUGGCAGCCCAGGGAGGCCUCAGCUGGGCUCAUCCACAGGGGUGCCUGGAAAUCAGUGUCUUUCUCGUUGCACUUGCCAGGCUGGAGGCCUUGACCUCCCCACACGAAUGCAGGGCAGGGCAUGAAGUAUUACAAAGUGAUUUAUUUUUGUUUUUUGAAAGAAAUCUGAAGAGCAGCUCAAAGUCUCCGGUGAAAGCUCAUGGACAAGGUUCUCAGGGAAGUUUUGGAGUUUGCAACCACAGUAUUCCUUUGUCUGUCGAGGCUGGGAGGGUAGCCGUGGGCACGGGGCGGGUGGUGCGUGUGACAGUGUCAGCCUGGAGCAUGUGCCCCUGGGCACACGUCUGCUCAGUGAGGUCAAUGUGGCAAGUGUGUUUUCUGUUUUCAUUUAACUCAGUUUUGUCUUAAGGAUGGAAUAAAGCACUGUUCCAGAGGGUUAGAAACAGACCUGCAGCCCAUGGCCAACUUGAGGACUCUAACCUGGGAACCCCUGGAAGUUCCACAUUAAAGCACCUCACUUCUAGGGGCAGCUGGCACCCCAAGCCCGCACAGACACGUGCAGGCUUGGGGUCACGCUCCCCCUCGGGGCUGCCGCCUUCAGACCCAGGUCUGGGUCAGGGCCAGGGUCUCUGGCUGUCUGUGCGUCCACUCAUGCCUGUGACCCGUCACUGCCGCUUUACCUGGGUCGUGGCCGAGCUUGACUGGGGUGGAGGUGGCAUCAGCAAGGUCAGGGGAUAAAUCCCUAAUUAGGAGACCACCAAGGUUUCACUUCCUUUUAGAUCCAUUCAAGACGUGAAAAAAAAUUUUAAUAUAAUGUGUUAAACACAAUGUUCCUAACGUGUAAAUAGAGUCCAAAUCGGUUGUGACUGCAAUUCCAAGUUAGUAUUUAAAAGUAGAGAAAUUGCACUUCCUGGAAGAAAAAAAAAAGUAGUUAGUUUAAUUAUUCUGUACAUUAUUUAAUUUUGUCAAGAUGUAAGUAUUUAUAUUCACAACCUCUUGUGUUAACAUUUGCUAUUUAUUUAACAUUUUUAUUUAUUAAUUUUGUACUGUUUCAACUAGACCCCACACCAGGACAUCAUGAGAGGGAAACAGAUGAAAUCAAAGCAAAAUUGACUAUUUGACAAGAGAUAGGCCACAAAAAAUCUUGCUAUAACUUCUAUAUAUAGAAGUCUUCUUAUAAUUUUGAUGCAACCAAGUUAUUUUUUAUAUAUUUUGUUAUUUAUUCUUUUAAUAAUGGAAUUUUUUAAAGAGUAUUUUGUAACUGAGGAAUUUUGAUAAUUUGGGGAUGUUUUCCCCCUGGUCCAAUGGAAAGAAAGACUUUUUGGUUUUCUUCAUCCCUUCGGUUCCUUUUGUUUCAGGCACGGACAACAGCAAGUGGAAUUCUGUAUUUAUUAUUUAUUUAAGUGUAGCGCAGAUGUGUGUGCUCUGGCGUGUUUCUUGUGUUGCGUCUGUGUGCUGGUUCUUGAUGGCUGAGUCAUGCUGCUGUGAAGGAGUGCUGGCCACAGGCAGCACCGAGCAGUCCCCGCUCACAGGCUCCCUGCUCCUCCGACAGCUCCGAAACUGUGACCCCCUUCCUCAGGAAAUGCGUGGAACCCACAGCACAGCACUUCUCGGUGUGUUUGCAGGGUGAUUUCCUAAUAAAAGUCCACUCUGACUGUG